CCACUCAUAUCCCAAAUAUACUAUUUUAGUGUCUUGCCAAGUGCCAAAACCACUCUGUAUAAAUACAAACUGGUGUUUCCUUUUCAAGUACUUGAGCUCAGCUUCACUCUGCUCACCCCACCACACUAUCUUCUUCACUCUCUUCUCCACUUGUGAGAAAGUUCAGAAAAAAGAAAACCCAAUUCAAAGUAGUCAAGAAGCUUUACUUUGCCAGUGUCGAUGGCUCUUCAGGCUGCUUCUGUGGUUUCCUCUGCUUUCUCGGUUCCCAAAGAGGGAAAGUCCAGUGCAUCUUUCAAGGAAUCAAGCCUGUUUGGAGUGUCAUUCUCAGACAAUCUCAAGGCUGAAUUCAGCUCUGUUGCAUUAAGCUGCAAGAGAGAAUUCAAGCCUGUCAGAGCCCAGACAGCGGCCACGGCAUCCCCAGCAAUCACCAGGGGUGCAUCAGAGGGGAAGAAAACUCUCAGAAAGGGCAGUGUGGUGGUCACUGGUGCCUCCUCUGGACUGGGUCUAGCCACAGCCAAGGCUUUGGCUGAAUCAGGGAAAUGGCAUGUUAUAAUGGCCUGCAGGGAUUUCCUCAAGGCUGAAAGAGCUGCCAAGUCCGCUGGCAUGCCCAAAGAAAACUACACAAUUAUGCAUCUAGACCUUGCUUCCCUCGACAGUGUGCGCCAAUUUGUCGAUAACUUCAGGCGAUCGGAGAGGCCACUUGAUGUGCUUGUGUGCAAUGCUGCUGUUUAUCAGCCAACUGCUAAGGAACCUUCAUUCACUGCUGAAGGCUUUGAACUCAGUGUUGGGACUAACCAUCUCGGGCACUUCCUUCUUUCGCGGUUGCUGCUUGAAGAUUUGAACAAAUCUGACUACCCAUCAAGGAGGCUCAUCAUUGUUGGCUCAAUUACAGGGAACACAAACACCUUGGCCGGUAAUGUGCCUCCAAAGGCCAACCUUGGGGACUUGAGGGGACUUGCAGGGGGCUUAAACGGUCUAAACAGUUCGUCCAUGAUCGAUGGUGGAGACUUUGAUGGUGCCAAGGCCUACAAGGACAGCAAAGUCUGCAACAUGCUCACAAUGCAGGAGUUCCACAGGCGCUACCAUGAGGACACCGGAAUAACCUUUACUUCCCUUUACCCGGGUUGUAUUGCCACAACCGGUCUGUUUAGAGAGCACAUUCCCUUGUUCAGACUUCUGUUCCCUCCAUUCCAAAAGUACAUCACCAAGGGCUACGUCUCAGAAGAAGAAGCCGGAAAGAGACUUGCUCAGGUUGUGAGCGACCCAAGCUUGACAAAGUCUGGAGUCUACUGGAGCUGGAACAAGGAUUCGGCUUCCUUCGAGAACCAACUCUCCCAAGAAGCUAGUGAUGCAGAGAAGGCUCGCAAGGUGUGGGAAGUCAGUGAGAAGCUUGUGGGUUUGGUCUAGUUCAGAAUCUUGAUGUUUUUGUCAACAAAUAUUUGCCUUAGAGGAGGAGGAUGUCACCAGAUCAGGCCCAUUGUAGAGUGCAGAAUUUGAAAUCAACUGCUGUAAUGUCAUGGGCAAUUUUCUCGUGUGGAUGACUAGUGUUAGUUACAAAUGUCAAUAAAAUCACUCUCACCUCUGUUGCAAAGUGCAGAUCA